AUGUCUCAGCCAGCUUCACAGUGUAUGGGAACCUGUCCUAAAAAUGCAACUCAGCAUCCAGGACGCAUCGUGCUCGAGGCCGAAGGUCAUGCAAAGAGACGUACCAAAGCUCAAAUGAUGGCUGACCAACAGCGCAAACUGGAGGCAAACCAGGCGAGUGAACAAGCUAUACAAAAAGGGCAUCAGCAUAUAGCAACUCUCCAGGAACAGAUGGCAACGGACCAAGCUGCUGCACGUGUUGAUGCACUGAAGCCUAAAUGUCCCCAUGCUCGCCCAAUAGCAAAGGCUGCAAAGCCCUCGGCGACCUCUGAACAGAAAUGGCGCAACAGCAUCAGCACCACUGCCCUCGUUGUAUUUGCAACAUUCCUACGCUCACAGCCUGAUCUCGAGACUGACGAAGACUACCAGCAAUUUUCUGCGUGCCUACUUAUCAAGAGCACAUUCUUGUAUGGGACAAUUAAGGAGGAUGGUAGUAAGCACAUGGAACCAUUUCAAUCUGACCUUAUCAUGCAGGUGCUUGCGCAACAUCACUGUGCUAUUUCUGGUGCUCUCACCAUUGUGCCAGGAUUCACUACAUUGCGACACGCGAAGGGGGCACUUGCCCUUGCCACUUCGGCGGCAGAUAUCUCCACCAUAUCUUUACACAGUUGA